UAGAUAUGGCAUGAAUUGCCUUAUUCAGUUUGAAGAUUUUGCCAAUGUGAAUGCAUUUCGUCUCCUGAACAAGUAUCGAAACAAGUAUUGCACAUUUAAUGAUGAUAUUCAAGGAACAGCAUCUGUUGCAGUUGCAGGUCUCCUUGCAGCUCUUCGAAUAACCAAGAACAAACUAUCUGAUCAAACAGUACUAUUCCAAGGAGCUGGAGAGGCUGCUUUAGGGAUUGCUCACCUGAUUGUAAUGGCCAUGGAGAAAGAAGGUUUACCAAAGGAGAAAGCUAUCAAAAAGAUAUGGUUGGUUGACUCAAAAGGUUUAAUAGUCAAGGGACGUGCUUCCUUAACACAAGAGAAGAAAGAGUUUGCUCAUGAACAUGAAGAAAUGAAGAACCUAGAAGCCAUUGUUCAAAAGAUAAAACCAACUGCCCUCAUCGGCGUUGCUGCAAUUGGUGGUGCAUUCUCAGAACAAAUUCUCAAAGACAUGGCUGCCUUCAAUGAACGGCCAAUCAUUUUUGCACUGAGUAAUCCAACCAGCAAAGCAGAGUGUUCUGCAGAGCAAUGCUAUAAAAUAUCCAAGGGCCGUGCAGUUUUUGCCAGUGGCAGUCCUUUUGAUCCUGUAACUCUUCCAAAUGGACGAACCUUAUAUCCUGGUCAAGGCAACAAUUCCUAUGUGUUCCCUGGAGUUGCUCUUGGCGUUGUGGCAUGUGGACUGAGGCAUAUCACAGACAAGAUCUUCCUCACUACUGCUGAGGUUAUAUCUCAGCAAGUGUCAGAUGAACACUUGGAAGAGGGCCGACUUUAUCCUCCUUUGAAUACCAUUAGAGAUGUUUCGCUAAAAAUUGCAAUAAAGAUUGUGAAUGAUGCAUACCAAGAAAAGACAGCCACAGUUUAUCCUGAACCACAAAACAAAGAAGCAUUUGUUCGCGCUCAGAUGUAUAGCACUGAUUAUGACCAGAUUUUACCUGAUUGUUAUUCUUGGCCUGAAGAGGUCCAGAAAAUACAGACCAGAGCUGAUGACUAGAAUAAUGGUCAACAUUUUAAACUUCAGUAAUGAGAUCUUAAAUUCUUUCAUAAUUUUUAAUUUGUAAUCUUUUAUGAUGAUUCAUAAUAUGUUUAGUCUAAGGUAAUUUUACUUUAGCAGUCUAAAAUUUCAUGGAAGAAUAUUAAUAUAAAUUAGGAUAAACUUCAUACUAGACAA